CACUGAUUCGGCUGUGGCGUUUCAGACUUGUAGUCCUGUAGUCCUGUAGUCCAGGGGAGCGGCAGCCAGCGGGACUGAUUGUCGGUGUGGAUAUGAGAGAAAGGCAGAUGCAUUAACCUGGAAGUCAACCGGUGUAGCGGGUUAGCAUAGCAUAUUAGCAUCUAUCUGAGCGGGACCGUCCUACCGAACCAGUGGCUGCUGUCGCUAGUGACGUAGACUAGCUAGCUAACAAGCUAACGGUAGCUAACCUGCUAACUUCCCUAGUUGAAGGCGGGUUAAGGGACGCCUGACAGUGUGGGGAAAACGAGGCCUCCGGCUAGUACCGCUCGGUUUACAGCUGCCCUGGAGUACUUCACACUCCGAUUUAUUGCCCAAGCAACAUCUUGCUGAGAUGGACAACCUAAGUGAAGCCUUGGAGAAGCUAAAGCUAGCUUCUACAGACAGCACCACUGACAGCAUGGAGAGCUGUCUUGACUGCCUGCUGAAAGCACUCAGCAACAACAACACCGAUGCUAGUGUUAAGAUCCAGGAGAUGGGUGUUCUUCCACUGCUACCCACUUUGCUGAACCCCCAGUCCUCCUGCACCCCUAAAGUAGCCAACAUUAUAGCGGAGCUGGCCAAAAACGAGUUCAUGCGGAGUCCCUGUGUUGAAGCCGGCCUCAUUUCUCCUCUAAUCCACCUGUUGAACUCCACCGACCAGGAAGUGUUACUGCAGACUGGCCGAGCUCUUGGCAACAUCUGUUAUGACAGCCAUGAGGGCAGGAGUGCAGUUGACCUGGCAGGAGGGGCUCAGAUAGUAGCUGAACACAUUAAAUCCCUCUCCCAAAAUACUGAGCCGGAAAAUGAGAAGCUCUUGACUGUCUUUUGUGGCAUGCUGAUGAACUAUAGCAAUGAUAAUGAUUCCCUACAAGCUCAGCUGAUCAAUAUGGACGUGAUUCCCACUCUGGUAAAGCUGCUAGGCAUCCAUUCCCACAACACAGCCCUGACAGAAAUGUGUCUCAUUGCCUUUGGGAAUCUGGCUGAGCUCGAGUCCAGCAAAGAGCAGUUUGCCUCCACCAAUAUUGCUGAGGAGCUGGUUCGUCUUUUCCAGAAGCAGAAGGAGCACGAAAAGAAGGAAAUGAUUUUUGAGGUUCUGGCUCCACUUGCAGAAAAUGAUGUGAUCAAGCUGCAGCUGGUGGAGGCGGGGCUGGUGGAGUGUCUGCUGGAGGUGGUGGCUCAGACUGUGGAUGGAGAGAGGGAGGAGGACAUCGCCCAGCUGAAGACCGCCUCAGACCUCAUGGUCCUCCUGCUGCUGGGAGAUGAGUCCAUGCAGAAGCUGUUUGAGGGUGGAAAGGGAAGUGUCUUCCAGAGGGUCCUGUCCUGGAUACCAUCUCAUAACCAUCAGCUGCAGCUUGCUGGGGCUUUGGCCAUCGCUAAUUUUGCUCGCAACGAUGGGAAUUGCAUACACAUGGUGGACACUGGGAUUGUGCAGAAGCUUCUGGAGCUGCUGGAUCGGCACGUUGAAGAAGGCAACGUUACUGUCCAACAUGCAGCACUGAGCGCCCUGAGGAACCUGGCCAUACCUGUGGUAAACAAAUCCAAGAUGUUGUCAGCUGGAGUAGCAGACGUGGUGUUGAAGUUUUUGCAGUCAGAAAUGCCUCCAGUCCAGUUUAAACUCCUGGGGACAUUACGUAUGCUCAUCGAUACACAAGCUGAAGCUGCAGACCAGCUGGGAACCAAUGGGAAGCUGGUGGAGAGGCUAGUAGAGUGGUGUGAAGCCAAAGAUCAUGCAGGAGUGAUGGGCGAGUCCAACAGGCUGCUGUCGGCCCUUAUUCGACACAGCAAGUCCAAGGAAGUCGUCAGAACUGUUAUCCAAGGAGGAGGAGUCAAGCACUUAGUUACCAUGGCUACCAGUGAACAUAUGAUUAUGCAGAAUGAAGCACUGGUGGCUUUGGGUCUCAUAGCAGCGCUGGAUUUGGUUGCAGCUGAGAAGGACUUUGUUGGAGCCAACCUGGUGUCGGUGCUCCACAAGCUGCUGUCAGACGACAGGAGCGCACCAGAGAUCAAGUACAACUCUAUGAUCCUCCUCUGUGCAGUCAUGGGCUCAGAGCCCCUCCACAAAGAGGUCCAGAGCCUGACGUUUAUUGACGUGGUGUCCAAGCUGAGGGCUCAUGAAAACAAAACGGUAUCCCACCAGGCAUCUCUUACAGAGCAGCGAUUAACUGCCCAGAGCUAAAUGACUGUGUCCAACAUCACCCACACACUCAUCCACCCAAAUGCCUGCCUGACCGCCUAAUCACCCAGUGACCCCCCAUGACUGCUCCCCCCUCUGCCCCCAUCGUCAUGUGCCAAGGUACCAUGUCACGUUAACUGCCAGCCGGACAUAGCCAUGUCUCCACCCAACACUCCGGCCCGCCCUCCUCCACCGGGGUUAGACUGAUGUCCAUUAGGAACACCAAUACUGUGUGCUUAUAUACAAAUCAUACAUUUUAUUUUUAACUACCGGUGCAAGAAAUUGCCAAGACCCGAAUCCUUGACUUGUUUUUAGACCACUGUGGCACGCCAACACACUCCUGAAAGCCAUAAUAAUGAAAUAUAUUGAGGUGGGUUAACAGGCACUUUAGGCAAGUGAGGCAGGUUUUAUUUCAGGCUUUACAAACCGACACCCCUUAAAUGCUCAAUGGAGGGACGUCCCUAAUAGUCCGGCGGCUUAGGACCAGAAUUGGGAAGAAAGGGGACACGUCGGACAAAAGUACCAAAUUUUUUCCACAUGCUCUCUAUCACUAUAGGUUUCAAUUUUUGGUAGGAGCCAAUUCAUCAAGAUUGCAGAUCGGAGAUGGCAGCCAUAUAAAAUCUAUGAGAACCAGUACAUCUUCAAAGCCACUUAGAAGGUCAAUCUUAGUGUCAAAAUAUACAUUUUCUGGGUCAAAGAAUAAUUUAAAGCUACUGAGAAUAUCACUAGAUGAUCAAAUAGAUAUGUUCAUUUUGGCCAUGUAUUUACAUAAUUAUUAGCUCAGGAUUCUCUGCUGCAGCACUUGAAGCGAGUUGCCUACCAGUCUGGGUGAAAAUUAUCAUUUCUAUUUGAUCAAAUAAUCAUCUAGUGAUAUUCUCAACAGCUUUAAAUGAUUCCUUGACCCAGAAAAUGUAGAUUUUGACACCAAGAUUGACCUUCUGAGUGGCUUGGAAGAUGUAUUGGUUCUCAUAGACUUUAUAUGGGUGCCAUCUCGGAGCACGUGGAAAAAAUUUGGUGCUUUUGUCCAGCGUGUCCCCUUUAUUUAGCUAAGCCGCCUGACUAUAAAGGUGGACACCAUUGACUUACUGUUCUAUAGAGUCUUUUUUUUUUCCUAAAUGAACUGAUAUCAGUCUAACCCUGGUGCCACCUCUACUUGUGCAUGUAUCCUCUGUACAAGUAGCUCCAUAGGAGCUGAUGCUCUGUAAAACAGUAACGCAAUAGAUAAGAGACGACACUCUUUUAUGACCAUAGCUGUGAUACCAUCCGCCGAUAACCCACAAAUGAAAAAAAAAUGUGCACAAAAGAUAAAAAAAAUAAAAUAAAACAACUUCCUGUUGUGUUCUUUUUUUAUCACAUUUAAGAAAAAGCAGCCAUCCAUGAUGUUCCCAGUUGUGUCCCACGUAGCUUGAGUAUAAAUUGACUAGAAAAUUGUGCAUGUUUUAGUCCUGUUGAAAGUGUGACCGUGUUCAUUUUACCUCUCUACUACUCGCAUAGUCCAGAGUAAAGGCUGCCUUCCUCUACUGACACCUUGUUUUUUUGCACUUGUUCUUUAAGACUGGAAUCUUGAGAUUUUAUCCGAUUUUUCAAUUCCACAGUUUCCACACGUUCCCCCUGCUCCAACAGCUGUACAGUGAAGUAAGACACUCCACCUAAUCACUAAAUGAGACUCAUGUAAGAACAAGGUGAAGCAGAUUUAAUGGAGAACAGGGCUGUUGGUAAUCAAGUCUACCUUUUGUUAGUUGUGUCCAGUUUGGCUCCAUGACGUGGUGCAGCCAAGUUAAAGUCGAGGCCAAAAUAUUUCAUGUACCUAAUUUCUUUAAGGAAAACGAUGAUGAAAUGUUGGUAACACUUUACUUGAAGUUAUCGUCAAAAUAGUGACAUGAUACUGUCAUAACUGUGACAUGACACAGUCGUAAAUGUGUCAUAAACAUUAUGUCAAUGUCAUAAACAUUUAUGACUGCUGUCAUUAAGUGUCAUUCGGUUUUUGAGUUGACAUUCCUUGGGUUGUCUUGAUUAUGACAACUUGACUUUAAUCAAAGUGACAUUACCACAAUAUAUCUUUGUCAUGGCAACUUGACAUAAACAAAAUAUGUUUCUAUAUUUGUGUUUAUGGCAAAUUGGCAUAAUGAUUAUUAUAAUUAGAUGUGCAAGGUUACAGACCAAUUCUAGCACUUGGUCAUAGAUGUUUGACAGAAUACCAACAAGAUACCCAAAACUGACUGUCAUGACACCAUUAUGACACCAUUAUGACACCAUUAUGACGGUGUAAUUAAGAUAUUCUUUGACCUCAAGUAAAAUGGUAGCAUUACUUGAAGGUAUCGUCAUAAUAGUGACAUGAUACUGUCAUUACUGUGACAUGACACAGUCAUAAACGUGUCAUAAACAUUAUGUCAAUGUCAUAAACGUUUAUGACUGCUGUCAUUAAGUGUCAUUCGGUUUUUGUCAUGACAAGUUGACAUUCCUUGGGUUGUCUUGAUUAUGACAACUUGUGUACUGGAUUGCUACUCCUGAACCCUUCCUCCAAUUUAGUGUACUGUAAAUAGU